AAAGUGAGCCAGAAAUCAGAUCCAUCCCCAACGACUCGCCGGCCACCACCAUCACAGGCGCAGACCACCCGACGAGGCGAGACCAAACCCGACCGGGAGGAAGAGGAGGAAGAGCGGCGGCAGCGAUGGCCGGCGGCGGCGCGCACGGAGGCACCACCUACAAGGGCUACACCAUCCCCCACAACAAGCGCUGGCACACCGUCGCCGGCAAGGGCCUCUGCGCCGUCAUGUGGUUUUGGAUUUUCUACAGGGCUAAGCAGGACGGUGCUGUGCUCUUGGGUAUGCGUCAUCCUUGGGAUGGGCACGAUGAUCACUCUCAUGGUCAUGGACAUGCACAUGAGCACGAGGCCUCAUCAUCGUCGUCGCCAUCUCACUAAGUGUUGAACUGCACCAGGCGGGCUGCGGAGACUUGCUGCUUUUUAACGUGUUGGAACCGAAAGUCUCUGUUAAUAAGCGUAAUGCAAAAUUCUUGUUGUGUUUGAUAAAAAAAACUGUUUGCGGCAGACUGGUGGGUGUAAUUUCGGUUUCAAGCUAGGCUGGCAACCCGGGACGACCAGCCUGUGUAUGUUUUGUUCCGUUGAUGGUGACGAUUACAGUUUUUUGUUAUCCAUUCAUCACCCUUCUGUUAAUUUACACAUUACAAAACUAUGAGAACACAUGUUUGGUGCCGUAUCC